GCAUGGAUGAAUUGAAUGGGAUUUAUGUGGAAACUGAUACGAAUAUCGACACUUUGCAAAGUUACACAAGAGAGAGUCCUCCAGAGUACAACAUCUACUUCAAAAUGGAUUUUAUCAAUUUUGAGGGCAGAUGGUUGAUUGAUAAUAAUCUUUCUCCGACUUACUUUGAUGCUCGUUCGAAUAUUUUCAAACGUUUUAGCUCUGACAUUGGAAAAGAUCCUACCGCUUGGCAGCUCAGCUGGGAAUUACUUGGAGAUAGUAAAUGGGUUGAGCAGAGAAACGCAAAAUGGAGUUGUGUUGAUGAUAUCGAUGAUUGCAAAGACUCGUCUUGUGAGAAUGGUGGAUCUUGUAUAGACGGCGUGGACAGUUAUAGUUGUAACUGUGUCUCUGGCUACACUGGUCGUCGAUGCGAGACAAACAUAGAUGACUGUCCAAGCUCUCCUUGUACAAACCCGAACCAACGGUGUAUUGAUGGUUUGAACAGCUAUACAUGUGCAUGUAAAGAGGGGUUUACGGGAAGUGAUUGUGAGACAGAUAUUGAUGAAUGUCAAAGUGACCCAUGUUCAAAUGGAGGAAGUUGUAUAGAUGAAGAGAAUGGAUAUGAGUGUAAUUGUGUUCCUGGAUAUGCUGGCGCUGACUGUGAAACAGCAAGUGCAGCUCAAAGCGUUGGUCAAUCCAAGCAGUUUGCGAUUUGUGUGGCAGUGGUAUUAGCCAUAGUUGAUAUAUAG